AUGGCGGAUUUGUACCCGCAAGAAGGUCCCGGUCAGAGUGUUGGCGCUGGGGACGGUGUUCUCGAAAAUGGGGGCUUCGCGCUUUCCACUCCAGCUCAACCCUCGACCGUGGAUUCCCAUUUGGAGGUUAUCUGUGGUCCUCUGCUCAACUACCGGCGCAUGAAUCUGAGCUCGGAUUCCGCGACCUGGUAUGGCAGCGUCUUGAUUGUUACACGACCUGGUCAGAAGCAGCCACAGCUCCACUUGCGUCAGGCUGGCCCUGUAUCGCACGACAGCAAUGGCGAACAGAUCAAUGGAUUCGAAUCGAGCGGCCGGAACUUUACCGUCCUCGGCACUAAGCUCUAUGAAGACCCGGAUAAAUGUUUUUGGAGGUUUUCCAUUUCAGUGCCCCUCGAGGCGUACGAGGCACGUUGGGAGUAUAUGAUUCCCACUUUCCAGUACGUCGCGGGCGACGAAGCACACUCACCAUGGGACUUCGUGGUGCCUGCCGCACACCAGUCCAUGCGCAUCAUGUUUCAUUCCUGCAACGGCUUCUCCGUCGGCACGGACACAGAGAGCUGGGCGGGACCAGCACUGUGGAAUGAUGUCCUACGGGUUCAUGCCCGGCGGCCUUUCCAUGUUAUGAUCGGCGGAGGCGACCAGAUUUACAAUGACAGCGUUCGAGUUGAUGGGCCUCUCAGAGAGUGGACCGAAAUCACCAAUCCGAUUAAGAGGCAGGCACAUGACUUCAACGGUGAACUGAGAGCUGCAUGUGAUGACUAUUAUUACAAGAACUAUGUCCGCUGGUAUGGGCAGGAACCGUUCAAGAGCGCCAACGGCCGGAUUCCUCAGAUCAACAUCUGGGAUGACCAUGAUAUUAUUGAUGGCUUCGGCUCCUACGUCGACAGUUUCAUGAAGUGUUCUGUUUUCCGUGGCAUUGGAGGCGUGGCCUACAAGUAUUACUGUCUGUUCCAACAUCACAUUGCGCCUCCGAAAUCGACUUACACUACGGAUGCGCCACAGACGAUGGAAUCAGUGAAUGGGACAGCAGGGAUUGAUCCUCGGCAAUUGGUGAAUACCUUUGUCCUUGAGGAAGAGGAAGAAGACCCCAGAUGGAUACUGGGCAAGCGUCCCGGUCCGUACGUCGAGGAACGAAGUCGAAGCCUGUACAUGCGUCUCGGCCGGCGCAUUGCCUUUGUUGGAAUUGAUGCCCGCACAGAGCGCACUCGUCACCAGAUUAAUUACCCAGAUACGUAUGACGCGAUUUUCGAUCGCCUCGAGCGCGAGGUUGCCGCUGCCAAUGGGGAGAUCAAGCAUCUCAUUCUGUUGUUGGGGGUUCCGAUUGCCUACCCGCGUCUGGCGUGGCUGGAGAAUUUCAUUACCUCUCCUUUCAUGGCUCCGAUCCGGUUGUUGAACAAGCGGUUUGGAUUCGCCGGCAGUCUAUUCAACAAGUUUGACGGCCAGGUCGACUUGCUCGACGAUCUCGACGACCACUACACCGCCCGCCACCACAAGCGGGAGCGGAGGGAGUUGAUUCAGCGUCUCCAGGAAUUCUCGAAGCAGCACUCCGUCCGAGUUACGAUCCUGGGAGGUGACGUCCACCUGGCCGCGCUGGGCCGAUUUUAUUCCAACUUGGAUCUGCAGAUUCCUAUUGAGAACGACUACCGGUACAUGGUCAACGUCAUCAGCAGUGCCAUCACCAAUAAGCCGCCUCCAAAGGUGGUCGCGAAUAUCCUGGCGCGCAGGAAUAAGAUCCAUCACCUGGACUCGGCGACCGACGAGACGCUCAUGGAUCUCUUCGACAAGCAGCCCGGAGGCGUCGAAAAAUCUGCCUCGUGGAACAAAGUCACCAUGCCUUCGCGAAAUUAUGCUUGCAUCACGGAGAUUGACCCGUUCCCGGCGAACGGCUCCGUGGAGCCGCCCAAUGAUUCUGCCCAGGGCACCGACGAAAACGCUCCAGCUCAGCGGCCCAAAGAUGGACACUCGCCUCUUCACCCAGGCGAGGAAAAUGCGGGCACGACACACAAGGCAGCAGAUGGUGUCAGCAGCACUAGUAGUCUGCGUGGUGGCUUGGAUGUCGCGAUCCGAGUCGAGAUUGAACAAGGCAACAAAGACGGCAUCACAGAAGGAUAUGGGUUGAGCAGUAAGUACACAGCCUUUCAUAUAUCGAGGGGAUCGCAACUAACGACCGUGCCUUCCUUAGUUCCGCUUCUGACUGUCGCCUCUCCCGAGACUGGUCAUUGA